AUGGGGGGCAAGGACUCGUCCCUCUCGAGCGCACGCGCCCACCGCGAAGCCGGCGGCACCAUCCCGGGCACGCCCCGCUCCGCCUCGACCGCGCCCUUCUACCGCCAGUUUCUUCCCGGGCAGCUGGCCUCAUCCUCAUCAACAGACUCGAUCCCCUCCCUCGACGACCUCUCAAACUUGGCGCGUAGCCUCGGCCGCAUCAGGUCCGAAAACGCCGCACGCCUCGUCAGGCUCGACGCCCGCGCAGACGACCCCCUCCGCCCCAUCUUCAGCUCCAGCGCCCAUGACCUCUUCGCUCCCCCCGGACUCAGCCCCACCGCUGCCGCUCCAUCCGCCAGCGCUACCGCCAGCCUCUACUCCGACUCCAGCUCCAGAGCAGGUGCGAGCGCCACAAAGUACAAGUCAAAGGAACGUGCAUUCAACCUCGCCUCUCCCGAACCCUUGGCCGCCUCGCCCUCGGCGCACGCGUCGCCCUCGAACCCUGCGGCCACCCAGAGGCAUCGCAUCAAGAUCAAGCGGGAACGCGACGGAGAGAGCCUUCCACAUACGGUCGGGCCCUCAAACGGCCUCUACGCCGACGGCAGGAAGGAUGCACCGACGGUCGGUGGAAAGGCCGGCACCGCCGCAGGGUCCAGAGCCAAGCACGGGCGCGGCCAGAGCGCCGCACUCGACGACGAUGACAGCGUGGCCGGCACCGACCCAGACUGGGACCUCGACGAAGACUCGCUGCCCAGCCGCCCAGGCAGGACGAGGCAGAAGAAGCGCAGGAGGAAAGAGUCUGGCCUCGACUCGUUCGAGGACGACUCGGGGUCCGACUUUGAGUCGGCAGCGUUGGCGGCGGGCAGUGCCGGUCGCAUCGCCGCGGCACACUCAAAGACGGGGACGCCUGCCGUUGCAGCGGCCAGGCUCGGCGGCGGCAGCAGCGGCCAAGCGGGUUCGGCAUCACGCAGAGGUUCCGAAGUCGGAGGCGGCUCAUCCUCGGCAGCAGCGGCGGCGGCGGCAAGCGCAGGCACGCCAAAGUCUUCGGGCGGCGGCUUUGGCAUGCGUCUCAAGCUGAAUCCGGCGGGCAACUCGGUGGCGGGAGCGGCGGCAUCCGUCGCCGCCUCGGCCACAGCCUCGCCUGCGAUUCAGCGCAAGGACUCUGAGACAACGGCGGCGUCGACGCGGCGCAACAGCAUCAUGCCCACGCCAUCGCCCCACCCAUCGACUCCGCAGCCGGCGGCGCUGCACACGCUGCCGCCAUCCUCUUUGGCGAACUCGGCCGCGAUGCUGCCUCCGGUUUCGGCGGGUCCCGCUCCCGGAUGGGAGCUGCCAGCAAGGACGCCGCAGUCGUACAUGCCGGUGCUGCCUGCAUCGCGUCUGCCCCGCCCCUACCCGACGCAUCCGAGCGAGGUCAACGAGGACUUUGCCAACAAAGAUUGGAAGGAGCGAGAGCGUGAGCGAGAUCGGCUGAUUGAGCGGGAGAGCGCCCAGCCGGGCACGCCUGGCGUAGGCCCCGGCGCCAGCCUGGUCAAGGAAGCUACCACCGGAAGGAGGGGCGGGCGCGACCAGCAGCAGACGCCCAUCACCACGUUCUACAACUAUGCCGAUGCCUUCUUCAAGACGCUGACCGAGGAUGACCUGGCGUGGCUAUCGAGCAAGUCAGACGAUAACGAGCCAUUCCAGAUGCCUGCCCUCGGCCGCCACUACAAGAAGGUCUGGGAGGAGGAGGACGCGCUGGCUGCAAGCACGGCUCUCGAUCUCUACGGGACACCCUUCUCUGGUUCGGCCCCAGGCCACUCGAGGACACCGUCAAUCAGUCUGGGCGCACCCGGCACCGGGCUGCCCGUCGACCUUGCGGCGCUCUCGCACGAUGCUGGUGGCAAGGCCGGUGGCGGCGACGCGAACGGCAAGGUCGACCUCGAUAUCGCGCCGCCAGCCCACUUCAAGGCCAAGCAGAUGAGCGACGAGCACCUCGGCCUUGGGUCCGAGGCGGUCACGGAGGCGAGGAGCGGGCCGCUGACCGAGCGGCUGGUGUCGGCCUUUUUGCCCAAGGGGCGCGGGGGCGAUUCAAUCCCGGGGGCGGAAUCCGGCGCCUCGUCGGCCCUCGCCAAUGACAUCGCGCGACCUUCCUACGACGGCGAUGAUGACGACGAGGGCGGCGACGAGGAUGCCGAGGGGGAGCUCGACACUGCCUACGAAGGUCUGCUGCACGACCAGGACAUGGUCGAAUUUGAGGAGCGGAUCAAGCGCGAGCUCAAGGCCAUCGACGUGCUGGGCGCCGACGAGGAGGUCGACUGGUCGCGCCGGGCCGACGACGAGAUUUCAACGACGCUGCGGAUGGUGCAGCGUGCGCUGGCGCGGCAGCAGAAGAUCAACGGCAUGCGCAAGGCGCGCCUCUUCCAGAUCGCCGUGGACCGGAUGGCGUACCAGGACUACGUCAUCUGCCUCAACACGGUCGAAAAGGAAAUCGAGGCAGGCUGGAACAAGCGGCUGCGGCAGAUCAAGACGAGCCUGGGCAAGCGCAAGAAGGGCAGCGGUGGAGGAGGGGCGAGCGCAUCGCACCACCAGCAAGACGACGGCGGAGGCGGCGCCAACGGAGCGGCCUUGUCGCAGUCGCAGGGCUUCAAUGGCCUGGGCCCUGGCAGCGGCGACGCGCAGUCAUCGCAGUCGGCGGCCAACUACAAUGGCCCCGUCCGACCGCAGCUGCCCGAGGCGCUGACGGCGGCCAUGGAGCGACGGUCCAAGCUCGAGUACGCGUUUGGCCAGAUGUUUGACGAGGCCCGGCAUGCGUGGGAGACACCGACCGAGAGCGUCUACGCUGAUCUGGACCUCGACAAUGUCGAGUGA